AUGCGCUGGUUCUCGCUGCUCGUCUCGUCCGCCUUCGUGGCGGGCUCCCUCGCCGCUGCUCCCAAGGCCGAUCUGUUCCUGGACUUUCAUGCCCAGCAGCUCUCUUCGACCCCCAUCAAGAUCAACGAUGCCAAGUACGGCAAACUUAUCAGCGCACAGCGCAACUACAGCUCGGUCGUGCUGCUAACCGCCAUGGACGCCCGGUUCGGCUGCCAGCUGUGCCGUGAGUUCCAGCCCGAGUUUGACCUGCUGGCCCGCAGCUGGACCAAGGGUGACAAGGCUGGCGAGUCCCGGGUCGUCUUUUCCUCGCUCGACUUCAACGAGGGUCGGGAGACGUUCAUGUCGCUCGGCCUCCAGACGGCCCCCGUCCUCUUCUUCUUCCCGCCCACAGCCGGUCCGUUUGCAGUCAGCAAGGCCGACCCAAUCCGCUACGACUUUGGCAAUGGUCCCGGCAAAGCUGAGGUGGUCCAGAACUGGCUGGCACGCCACCUCCCUGACCGGCCUCACCCGCCCAUCCAGCGUCCGAUCAACUGGGUUGGCUGGGCCACCGGUAUCACCAUUUUCUUGGGUGCGAUCACAACCCUGUUUGUCGCUUGGCCCUACGUUCUCCCCGUUGUCCAGAAUCGCAACCUCUGGGCGGCCACCAGCCUGAUCGCCAUUCUCCUCUUUACCAGCGGCCACAUGUUCAACCAAAUCCGCAAGGUGCCCUACGUGACCGGAGACGGUCGCGGUGGCAUCACGUACUUUGCUGGCGGGUUCCAGAACCAGUUCGGAAUGGAGACGCAGAUUGUCGCUGCUAUGUAUGCCGUGCUGUCGUUCGCUACGAUUUCUCUCGCCAUCAAGGUACCGAGAAUCACGGACGCGCGGACGCAGAAGCUGGCUGCUGCCAUCUGGGCCGGUGUCAUUUUCGUCAUGUACAGCUUCUUGCUGAGCGUCUUCCGCAUGAAGAAUCAGGGCUACCCGUUCUCCCUGCCUCCGUUUAUCCGCCACACGCACUGCACCGCGCGGGUAGCACAUCAACGGCGAGCGGUAUCGUCGUCGUCGUCGAUUCCGCUGGCAACACCGCGGCCGCGGCCAAAGACGGCAAUCUUCUUUCCAGGCCAGGGCGUGCAGAGGGUGGGAAUGUUGACGCCGUGGCUGGAGGCGUUUCCGGCGACGACGCGCGAGACGAUGGAGGAGAUUGACGACUGCAUGGGAUACCGGCUGACGGAGGUGAUUCAGUCGGGGCCAGGACGACUGCUAACGGCGACGGCGCAGGCACAGCCGGCGAUCAUGGCGACGUCAAUCCUGAUCGUUCGGGUGCUGGAGCGCGACUUUGGGUUCCGGAUAUCCGAGCACAUGGACGUGACGCUGGGACACUCGCUGGGAGAGUUUGCGGCACUGGUGGCAGGUGGCUACCUGCAGUUUCGCGACAGUCUCUGGCUGGUGCGACGGCGGGCUGAGGCGAUGGCCAAGGCGACGCGGCAGGCGGUGACAGCGCACGGCGGCGGCGAGUACGGCAUGGUGGCGGUGCUGACGGAGCCUGAGUAUCUGCCCGGCCUCGUCAGGGCGAUCGAGCGGAUUCUGGGGGAGAAAAGACAGACACCACUGCUGUCGUCGUUUUCGCUGCCGUCGCUGUCGUCGCUGUCGUCGCUGGACCUGACACCGCCGUCGCCGUACGUUCCGUUCUGCCAUCCGGCGCCGGUACACAUUGGCAAUAUCAACAGCAAGAACCAGAUUGUGCUGAGCGGCAGCAUCGAGCGGAUUCAGCGGCUUCUCGGCCAGGUGCGGCAGUUUAUGGGCCACGAUCCGCGGGCGGUGCGGCUCAGCAGCGACAGCCCUUUCCACUGCGCAAUCAUGCGGCCGGCCGUGGCGGAGAUGCGGCAAAUGCUGGAGCAGGAGCGGCCGUGGGCGGUGCAGUUUCCAGGCCGGCUGCCAUGCAUCAGCAACGUGACGGCGCGACCGUUUAGCAGCCGGCCCGAGCUGACAGAGCUGCUGGCGCGCCAGUGCGAGGAGACGGUGCAGUGGUGGGACAGCAUCCGCUACCUGGACCAGGAGCAGCGCGUGCGGCGCUGGGUUGGCAUUGGGCCCGGAAAGGUCGGCCGCAACCUAGUCGGCAAGGAGGUCGGCAUGCGCGGUAAGGAUCCGGUCAAAGGUGGCGGCGUGUGGGCCAUCACAGACCCUAGCGAGAUCGAAGAGGUGCUGCGGGGACUAGAGGAGACCGAGUCGUUUUUUACCCUCUUGCCUGUCGACAUGUCCCACAGCAAGCGCAACACCAGCCGAGCCGUCUUCACGGCGCACGAGCGGUCGCUGGCCAAGGCUGCCUGGACAGUCUCGUCGGCACGGUUGACGCGCGAGUCGUUUCUGCCCUUUGGCGCCUGCGCCCUCUGCCUAGAGCCGGCCCAGGACCCGGUCGCCUGUCCAGCCGGCGACGUGUUCUGUCGCGAGUGCGCGCUGCGCAACCUGCUGGCCCAGAAGCAGGAGCUGCAGCGGCUAGAUCGUCUGCGGGCACAGGCUGAGCGUGAUCGUGAGGAGUACCGUCUGCGUGAGGCCGCCGAGGAUGAGGCUCGUGCCGUCGUGCAGUUCGACCUCGUGCAAGCAGGGUUGGGAGGAGGAGGAGGCGGCGGCGAGGUGAGGCUGCGAGACGAAAAGCAAGAACGAGAAACUCGGUCAAAACCUCUGCUAGCUAUCACUGUUGCCGCUGCCAGCACCACGACCACCGCCACUGCCGAUACCUCGUCGCCUACCCGCAAACGCAAGUUUGAGCUCGACGACGGCGAUCUGCAGCGCGUCGUCGAUGAGGACCGCGCGCGUGCUCGUCGUGCCAUUGAGGCCGAUCGUGUUGCUGCCAGAGAUGCCUCGGCGCUGCCGUCAUUCUGGGCCCCGUCCGAGACCCCGUCGUCCAACCGAGGCGUCGUCAUCGGCUCGACAUCAGCCAACGGCACCACCAACACCACCACAGCCUGUCCCGCAUCCAACGAUGGUCACGCCCUCUCUCUGCGCACGCUCGUGUCGCUGCAGUUCGCCGAGGACGACGCCGGCCGUCGCAUCUGUCCAGCCUGCAAGCGCUCGCUGUCCAAUGCGUCACGUGCCGUCAUGGCUAAACCGUGUGGUCACGUGCUCUGCCGCAGCUGCGUGCACCAGUUCGUGCGGCCGAUAGAGGGCGGCAGUGGUGCCGGUGCCGGUGCCGGCAUGCUGCUGCACGAUCCCCACGCACCCGAGGACGAGGCCGGCGUGGUGCGCUGCUACGUCUGUGAGGCCGACCUGACCGAGGAGGCCGAGGGCAAGAAGCGCAAAAAGGACCGCAAGGACAGGCACAAGAAGGAAAAAGAACGCGUCCGGCCUGGGCUCGUCGAGCUGCGCAGCGAGGGCACCGGCUUCUCGGCCGGCGGUGCUAGCGAGGUCAAGAAGAACGCUGUGGCGUUUCAGUGUUGA